GGCCUCUGCCACAGGCCCCACCCCCCUUACCCGGGCUUCUGUGCGCCUGCCUGUUCGGCAUUUCCGCUCCCUGGAGUCUCUGGCUAGAAACAAACAUUCUCUAGGGCCAUGUCGCGAUCUCGUCACCCCCAGGAGCCAGACAGAAACAAUUUGAUAGAUGAUGCAAAGACCCGCUUGAAAAAGCUCGAUGUUGGUGCCAAAUAUUCUCACUUGUCGAGUCACAAAUACUCCGUCCUCGUACCUUUGGUGGCUAGAGAAGGAAAACUCCAUCUGCUCUUCACUGUCCGGUCUGAGAAGCUGAGAAGGGGACCUGGAGAAGUUUGCUUCCCCGGGGGGAAGAGGGAACCCACAGACGUGGAUGAUGUGGCCACCGCUCUCCGGGAAGCCCGGGAGGAAGUGGGGCUGCAACCCCAUCAAGUGGAGGUCAUCUGCCGCCUGGUGCCAUGUCUGUUUGAAAAAAAAAAGUUGGUUACCCCAGUGGUGGGUUUUAUAGACCACAACUUUGAGGCCCAGCCGAAUCCUGAUGAAGUUAAGGAUGUGUUCCUUGUGCCUCUGGACUAUUUUCUACAUCCACGUGUCUACUACCCUUAUCACUUUACACAAGCUGGCCAUUCUUUUGUCAUGCAUUGCUUUGAAUACAGACGCCCUGAAGAUGGUGUGACUUAUUUCAUCAGGGGACUGACUGCGCGAUUUGCUGUAGUGGUUGCCUUGAUUAUUUUGGAACAGAAACCUACCUUUGAGGUUGAAUAUAAUCUCAAUGAUCUACUAUCAUCUUGUGAAAAACAGUUGCUUCUUUACCAUGCUACAAGCAAGUUAUGAUUUAUGAGGACAAAAUCCAAAAAUCCAUCCAGGAGGAUUCUGUAUGUGGUUGUGCACUGAACACCAAUGAUGGCUGCUAUCAGAAUUUGAGAGGUACUAAUAUUUUCCCUGCAAUCUGAAAGGAAAAACCUUGCCUUUUUUUUCCAGUUGCCUUCUAUCAUUUGAAAGAACAACAAAGGAAGAAAAAUAUAUUGAUGGUGUUGUCUAAUUUCACCCACGAUAUGUUAAUAUUUUUCUUACACAUUUAAGAAAAAAGUACCUGGCACAUAAUAGGCACUUAAUAAAUGCUUGUAAUAUAUUAUG